UUUAUGCAUAGAUAGAAUUUGAUUCCGAUUAAUGCUUAGGUAGAAUUGUUAACACUAAAAAAAGAAGAUAUAGGACUACAAAUAUAGAUCUACUUUUUUCUAGUCAGCAACUUAUUCAAAUUGAUAUAUUUGUUGAUUUUGCAAUUUCAUGUGCAAUGUGAAAUUAAAUCUAACUUCAUAAAUAGAACUGUUGACAAUAAUGAAACAUGGCAGAAAUUGAAGAUGACAAGUCGACAGAAUUGACUAGAACACGAGGACUAAAGUUAAUUUGGUUGACAAAGAACAAACAUCUGAAAGAAGCGAAAUCCUUAUUGGAAGAAGAAGUAGACUUAAAUUGUAAAGAUGAGGCUGGUUGGAAUGUUAUACAUUAUGCUGCUGCCGGUGGAUAUACAGACUUGGUCAAAACAUUGGUCAAGAAAGGAGACCGUGUCAAUAAGAAAGAUCGUAAUGGAGAGACCCCUCUGCAUAAAUGUUCAAGACGCGGACAUAUCAUAUGUGCUGUUUCUCUUGUAACACUUGGUGCAAAUAUUUCAAAAUACGACAAGCAUGGCCAGACACCAUUAGAAGUAGCUGUAAAAUCUAGAAAUGUUGAAAUGGUCAAGCUAUUCUGUUUGUUUGGUGCUGAACCGUCGUUACAGGACUGGUCAUGGACAAUGGAAGAACUUGAACAAAAAGAAAAUAAGAUAUUAGAACUGCUUGUUAGUCAACAUGGUCGAAUGCCAGGUUAUAAAUAUGGAUCAAUUCUUCAGACAGUGUUAUAUGUUUCACCUGAAGAUGAAAUAAGACUUGACAACAUUAAAGUUGACGUAAUGAAAUUCGAUACAUCUUCGCCGCCGUUUUACUUUUAUUGCAGUAAAAUGCAGACAGAGUAUUCUGACAUUCGGAGUAAACUAACAGACGAACAAGAAACUUAUGGUGACACAUACGAACUUUGUAUUUGGGGUUGUUCAAGUCAAAAUUUAAAACUGAUAUUAACGGUGCCUGGUGUGACGCAAUGUAGCGAAAAGUUGUUUGCCAUUACACUCGAAGGAAAACCUGUUUCCGUAACAAACACCUAUAGACACCUUGCUGAGGAGACUGACGUAGACGAAGAUUUCACAGAAGUUUUAGUCAGUGUUCCACUAGACGAAAGGAAACUGUCCAGAUUUUCUAUUGUAAAGCACUCUGCGCCAGAAAUAUUCGCUAUAUCAAAUGAGCAAGCAACAACGAUUAUUCCACAGAUGGAACCUGACGCAGAAAUUGAUAUACCGAGAGGUACUUUUGAGCAACCAAGUGAAAUGGCAGUAAAUUUUGUAGAAACAAAAGAAGUCAACAAAGAAGAAGAAAAUGGCACAGCUAUAUUAUUGACCAAUGUCUUAGAACUGACCGUAAACAAUGGACAGCAACCAAAGGAACCAAUACGUGUAGUCAUACCAAUUCAUGACAAGAUGGCUGUGUCCGAUGAUAUCGUCGUGCUGACCUCAACAACUGACCAACCAGAAGACUCGGAAUUAGACUGGGAAAUUAGAGAUGCAACGAUUAAUCAAGACGGAAAGUCAGCAUUCUUUUAUGUCAACCAUUUUUCUUUUUAUUCAGUUUCAAGAAAGAAAAAGGUUGAUACCGAUCUGUUGGAAGUGGUUAGUGCCAUAGAACGUUCUAUAACCAGAAAGAAACGGGUUAUCUUUUUCCUGCUGACAAAAUGGAUAAACAGCGAGUCAUAUGAUCUCGUUCUGGAAUGUGCCGGACUGCGGAAUUUAGACCAAAGAAUCGAACAUUGGACAGCCAGUGGCUAUGAUGUUUCUACAUUACAGAAAAGCGAAGUUUACCAUGCACAACUCGGUCAGAAUUUCACUCUCAAGCUAAAUGGAAAUUUGACCGACCUGGCAGACGAGGACACAAAGUGUAUAACACUGCAAAGUAAUAGGAACAAUUUACGUGUGUUUAACAUCGGAAUUAACAAAGAUGAGGAACAACCAGAUGGAGAGCUAGAAAUAUUUCAAGAAAAAGAAACUGACGAAGUACCGAAAGAAGUACCAACUGUACAUUCAAAGUCAAUCUGGUGCACUUCGGCAGUUGUACCUAAACCACAUGUUGCAAGCGUUGUUGUAGAAAGUAUUUUGAAAAUGAAUAUAAAAAUUCCAGAAAAACCAGUAAUUGCAGAGGAAAAGCCGGAGGUACUCUCAGGUAUGUAUAAAAAUAUAACAUUUCCCCCUAAAUAUGUCAUUCCACCAUUGAUUUUUCCUGUUAGUCUUUGUUAA